CACCUAAAUUGCACCAGUUGAAUAACAAUACUUGUGAGGUCAAAUGGGAAUCUUUGGAGCCAAUAAACGGAGAUUCCAUAGUUUACAGUCUUCAGCUCAUCAGUGGAAAAGGAACUGACCUGAUUUACAAAGGACCGAACACGUCAUUCUCCUUUUCCAACUUUCUCACAAAUUCACAUUACCGCUUCAAAGUCUGUGCUGGACGUCAAUACCAGAAUUCUGCUGGGAUACAAGAGCUCUGGGGACAUUGUAGCCCGAGUGCUCUUUUCUCAACCUAUAAGCAACAGCCAGGGCCUGGCAAAGCUGUUAGAAGAAAGAGGGGAAGCAGCCCUAGUGAAGGGAAACAUGAAAAACUCAAGAUAGAGAUGAGUGAUGAUACCUUUGUUCUGAUCCUUGUGAUCGGAUUUGCACUAAUUGCCAUUCAAUGUGCUGCUAUGAUUCAGUGCCUCCUUAUCAACUAAUCUACUAUUACACAUUUUAAACAUUUUUAGGAAGUUCUAAAACAAAUUACAUUAAAUAAAGAAAUUGCUAGAUGCAUCUCAGUUCUUAAAAGUAAAUCUUAUUGGGUAGAAAUCCUUAUGAACUUUUAUCUGACAUCAAAAGAACUGCCUUCAAGAAAUUCAUUGUUAAUUUUAAAAAAAAGAAAUUCAUUGUGACAGUAGAAGAGAUUUUUUUUUUAGAAAAUAUGUGUAUUUUAAAUUUGAAAAUUUUACCAACACUCCACUAUUAUGUAAAAUGACCUAAAACCUCUCUUGAAAACUAUUCCGUCUUAAUUUUUCAAAUGAAUAUUUUGCAAAGUUUUAAGAGUUAUGAGAGGAUAAAAGCAUUUCAGAAUUUUAUACAGAACAAAGUGGUAAAAAUCAA